AUGGCAAUGUACAUAGUGUGGCAAAACUGGGAAGAUGUCGGUUUCGAAAGACUGGUAAGGACGUGAUUUUUGGAAUAAAACUGAAAGUUAUUCUGUUUCAGAUUAAAGAUUCAUCUCUCCAAGAAGCAGUCUCUCAAAUGAAACCAAACCGUUCGGGCCUUAUUCUUAUAUUGAAUAAGCACGCUCUGAACAUGACUUUCAAUUGGUUGUGCAACACACAACAUCUGAAAGGUAUUUUUUCACGUAUAUUCAAGCUUUCGAUUCUGAAUUGUUUAGGCGUGCACGAGAAUUCUUAUAUUGUAACUCUGGACCAAGAGGCUUCUUCUGCAUUGGAAAAGACGUGGCCAAACGUUGCGCAAAUCAAUAUCGUGGUCCCCGGAUUGAAAGUAUUUCUACUCUUUCCACACACUUUCAUAUCAUUUUUGUUCUGUUUCAGGACCCAUUCAAUUAUGGAGAUGGUUACUAUCAGCUGUUUUAUCUGUUCCGAGCUAAUCUAGCAAGAGCCAUUUUGCACUACGACCGAUCGUUUUGGAUGAUUCAACAGGACACAUUCUGGAAUGACAGUCUUUUGAAUAUAGACAUUCAAGAAGAUCAAGGCUUUGACAUUGUGUUUGAUAGAGCAUCAGACAAAGGACCUUUAAUUGCAGGUAUCCAUUUCAUUCGACAUUUUCACCGAUGAUAUUCUGUUUUUAGGAGGAUAUUAUCAUGCUAAGCCAACUUCAAAUGCCAAGGAGUAUUUCGCGAAACUAGCAAAAGAUAUUUCCUGGUGGUACGCCCCCGAUAACGCCUACAUGACUUCCCUGUGCGAGAUUUCCGGAAUUGCAAAGUGCGGCAGAUUAUCUUUCGAGUAAAUAACAAAAAUGUUACAACUAUCACGUUUUCCACGUUUUCAGUCUGAUAACGAACUGGCAAUGGUUACAAGGUAUCUCGGGGGUUCCGCCAAAGUUCAUUCAGUUUGACGGAGAGACAAAGCUGGGCGGGAAACUUGCCAAGGUUUGAAGUCUACUGUAGACUUUUUUGUUUGUUCUGUCAGUGAUUACAUUUUCGUUUUUAGAUGCGCAGCAUUGGUUUUUAUUUCUUGGCCGAUGAUCAAUCUACAUGCAACACGACGUCUGUUGAGGUGAGCGACUACCGGUUUGUGUUUUCUGAUUUCUGUUAUAUCACUUGUUUUCUUUUCUGAUGUCUGUGACGAUUUCAUUUCAGAACACAAAGUACAUAUUGGAAUCGAGAAUAGCGCAAUGGGAUAAAGUGGCCUCUUCAAGUCACCAACAAUUUAAGAUGUAUCAGGAUAUCGUGGAUUUAUUCUACUCGACCCGGAUCGGAGCAACCGUCAUGAAUCAUUUCAUUCUUCCAUACGCCCAUUAUUGCAUGUUGUCCAUGUAGCUUUAAUAUUCAGUCUCUGUCAAUAAUUCACUGCCUCAUCGAUAAAAAUUGAAUGUACAGGAAAACGGAAAAUGAUCGAGUACAGAUAAGAAAUGAAAUGCACAUGGUGAUAUAAGUGGACGAGCAGAACUUCGUGUCCGUCUUUCCUCUCUCACUCAUUCAUUACCCAUCUCAUUUUCAGUCAAUUUUCAGUGAGCUCUCCAUCAUUAUUAGUAUUAUUUCAGAUGCGGCAGUCUCUCAUCACUUUGGGUGUUGUGCUAGCAUUUGUUUGUCUCGUAGAAGGUGGUGUUAUCCGAUCGGAAUAUGAGAAAUGGACAAAUGUGCGUGGAAAUGAUUUCGCCCCAGCACCACCCAAGUACAAGGUAAAUAAACAUGUUCUCUGAAAGCCUUCCAAAUUUUCCUUCCUGUUUCAGAUGCUCAGAUAUGCUAAGAAAGUUAUGAAUGCCCCGGAGAACAGGAAAAUGUCUUGUUUUGCGUGUACAUUUGCUGUGGAUGGUGUUCAGACCCUGAUUGCUCAAAACUCUACGGACGAUGAGAUUGCUGACUUUCUUGUGUGCGUUUAUAGUAGUUUGUAACCUUUUCUAGCCCGGUUGACAUGAUCUUUAAUCAAAUCUGUCUUAUCAAUGUCUUUGAAACAGUCUAGUUCUUGUCAAAAACCGCGUGUCGCGACUCCUAUCAAGAAAUGAUCCGGAACUCUGAAGAUUGCAGGAAUAUGUGUGAUUUGCUCGAAGUGGAGCAGCCACACGUCUGCAAAAACAUCAUCUACGCGUUCAAAGACGAAGUCGUGUUUGUUCUUGAAAGAUCUGUCUUUACACCGGACGAAAUCUGCGGAGCAUUCAUCGCGAACUGUGGUCACUCGGACAAGCCCCUCACGCACAUGUGGAAUAUCACGAUCCCCGGUGGAAAACCACCAAUCCGCCCGUGGCCCAAAAUUCCAGACAACAAGCCGACUUUCAAAGUGCUUCACUUGUCGGAUAUCCACAUUGACCAUCAGUAUGUGGUCGGAACCGAAGCCUAUUGUCAGUUGGACAGUGCCCUCGGAACGUACGCGAUGUGCUGCAGAGAUUAUAGUCAGGACAGCCAGGGAAACCCGACAAGCUUCAAAGAUAGUGAGCUCUAGAGGUAGGAAUUUGGAAAACAAGGAUUGUUUUUCAGAGCAAAUUUACGUACCUGCUGGACCAUGGGGCAUGCCUUACUUGUGCGACCUUCCUUAUCAAACUUUCGAGUCGGCCAUCAAGCACAUCAGCAAAACAUUCAAAGACGUAUGCGUUCUUUCGAUACGAAUAAAACCAAUUAUUUUCAAUUCCAGCUCGAUUAUAUCAUCAUCACUGGAGACUUUGAAGCACAUGACUCAUGGGAUUACACCGAAGACCUGACGAGAGAAAACAUGGACAAUAUGACUAAUGUGUUCCUGGAGUACUUCCCGAAUGUGCCUGUCUAUGUGUCUAUCGGAAACCAUGAAGGAGUUCCUCAAGAUGCGUACGUGUCUAGACUUCUUAUAAUCUGUUUUGACCGACCGAUAAGUUCAGAAUGGCUCCACAUACAAUGCCAGAAUACGACAAGAGAGGUCCACAGUGGUUGUACAAGAUAAUGUCUGAUAUGUGGUCCCAUUGGAUUCCAAAGGAAGCUCUUGAUACCGUCCAAUAGUGAGCAUUUUUUUGAGUAACCCGAUAAUGUUUUUGUCUUUUUUCCAGCCGCGCUAGUUAUACCGUGUACCCGAAACCAGGAUUGAAACUGAUAUCAUUAAACACAAUUUACUGCUCUGAAUUCAAUUUGUAAGACACCUUUUUGCUUCCGGUUCUAUCGUAUAGUUUAGCUAUCUCUAUGUGAACGAAGUAGACCCCGAUGCAACGUUGGAAUGGUUGAUUGAGGAAUUGGUGGAUUCUGAGAAGAAAGGAGAGCUCGUGAGUGGUUUCUUAUUUCCGAAUUCCCACGAGUAGUAGAAUGAUGAAAAGCGACCAAAAGUUAUAUCCGUUCAUCCGUCUUUCAGGUCCACAUAAUUUCCCACAUUCCUCCCGGUGACAAUUAUUGCUUGAAAGGAUGGUCGUGGAACUUCUUUGAGAUUGUGAAAAGAUUCGAGAACACCAUUGCUCAAAUGUUCUACGGACACACUCAUUAUGACCAAUUUAUGGUACAUUCCAGAACUUGAUCAAUUUGAAAUGCUUGCUUUCAAGGUGUAUUACGACAUGGAUGAUCCGAACAGAAGACCUUUCCAUUUCAACUGGAUCAGUCCCUCUCUGACCACUUACGACUUUCUCAAUCCGGCAUUCAGGAUUUACGAAGUGGACGGAGGAUAUGACGGCGCGACUUAUGUACGGAAGCCGUACUUAUCAAAACCUUUUGAUUUUCGAAUGCAUGAAAUUCCAGACUGUGAAAGAAGCGAAGACGUAUUUUGCAAAUGUAACGGAAGCCAACAUGAAAAAUAAAGAGCCCGAGUGGGUGCUGUCAUACGACACCAAAGAACAUUACGAGAUGGCCGAUUUCUCUCCACAGUCCUGGUCCGAUUUGAGCGACAAACUUUGGAGUAACACGACAAUGUUCAGAGAUUACGUCAGGUUUGAUGAUGAGUUCAAGCGUCCACCGAUAACACUUUGAUUUUUCAGGCGGUUCUACCGGAAUCAUUACAACAAUGAAUGCUACACUGAUUACAAAUGCCGAUACACUUUUGUCUGUGACAUCAAGAAAGGAAGAAGCUACGAUGAAAGUUUCUGCGAUCAUCUCAAACGGUGA